CUCGUUCCCACUCCGCACCAGUGAGGGCGAUAUUGAAGUAUGUCCAAACGAACGCAAAUGAAGAAGAAGAAGAAGAGCUGCAUUGCUCACGUUUCUACUGUGUAUGAAGUAGUUUGUUGGUUCAUGUCAAAAUAAGGUUGUCGACGGUGUUGGGUUGCCAUGGCAUCACGAGCAGGACCGCGAGCUACAGGAACAGACGGCAGCGACUUUCAGCACCGCGAGCGAGUGGCGUCACACUAUCAGAUGAGUGUGGCACUGAAGUCUGAGAUCAAGAAGCUGAACAUCGCUCAUGCAGUGGUCUGGUUGCUUGUAGCAGCACAGGUGGUGGUCAGCCAGCUGAACCUGGUAUCCCAUAAAGUGGUGGCCUCUCCGUACCAAUGGGAGUACCCAUAUCUUCUGAGCAUCAUACCUACUGUCUUCAGCUUCAUGGCUUUGCCGAAAAACAACAUCAGUUACCUGGUCAUCUCAAUGAUCAGCGCCGGGCUUUUUUGUGUCGCUCCUAUUCUUUAUGGAGGGAUGGAGAUGUUUCCUGUGGCUCAGCAGCUUUAUCGCCACGGCAAAGCUUAUAGGUUCAUCUUUGGCUUCUCUGCCGUGUCUAUAAUGUACUUACUCUUGAUUAUUUCAGUUCAAGUACAUGGCUGGCAGAUCUACUACAGCAAAAAGCUGCUGGAUGCCUGGUUCACCAACACACAAGAGAAAAAGAAGAAAUAAGAGACUGAUGGAGAAUAAUAGUGUGUCAACUGCUUGUUUGUGUCUUUACUUCCUCUUUCUGAGAGCUCUUUGAUCACAUACGUUUUUAUGCUUACCUGACUAACUAAUUUGAGCCUAAGGAGAGAUCAGAUUUGUUAAACCAGGAUGUUCAGCAUCAAUCUUCUCAUCCACUGGAUCUCAGCCCAGAGUCUGCUUAGGUUUGAACUGCUGCCAUUGUAAUCUGUUUCCACCACGUUUUCCACAUGCCGUUUAACAGAUACCUCAAGUCUUAUCCACAGGGGAGUCAGUGGGAUUCCAGACAUCCCUGGGAAAUAUAUCUUCAAUUAUGAGGAAGCACAUGGUGUGUAUGAUGAAAUUCCACCCACAGCAUAGUAAUCAAUUUACUACAGUAAUAUAUGUAAAAUAGUCUGCUCUUUUUCCACCAAUCAUCUUACAAUAAAAUGAUUAGAAAAUGUA